AAGACCACUACACUAACCCCAACAGCGCCACUGGAAUAGUGGAAAUAAGAGCUCAGGACAUUACCAACAUGUGACCCUGGAAAUGUAGAGUACCCCAAAGUGAAGCUCAGGGUUGUUUUUGAUGCUGUGCUGCUCUGUGAUUGGUCCAGGCUCCCUGCUGCUGGACAGCUUGAAGGAGCACAUCUCCACCACAGCGCAGGACCACUGUAAGGCCAUCUAUCUGCACGUGCUCACCACCAACACCACGGCCAUCCACUUCUACGAGAACCGGGACUUCCGGCAGCACCACUACCUGCCGUACUACUACUCCAUCAGAGGCGUGCUCAAAGACGGCUUCACGUACGUGCUCUACAUCAACGGGGGGCACCCGCCCUGGACCAUAUUAUAUCCUUUUGUGGAAGCAUUAGCAGUCACAGGCUCUGUGUAUAUCUGAGACCUGUGAUAUAUUGAUGAAGAACAG